UAUAAAGUAUAAGGCGGCUAGUUAGUAAAAUCAAGCAGCGUAGUUGUCAUCAUGGCCCUAAGACGAAUACGUAACUUCGGCUUCCCCAGUUCCGCACGCGGUGAUUUGAUCUCCGGCAACCCGUUUCGUUAACCAGAGCGACGAAUAAUAACCGCUAAACAUAAGCAUCAAUGAGGCCAUUAUUUUUAGAAGUGAAUAGUUUAUAAUCCCACCGGUUAAGAUCGCGAAUUCGUGAACUGCCUUCCAACCAUGCGCCGUGGUGAACGCUCUAGUCCAGACAGUAGUGUUGCAUCGUAUAUAAUAUAUAGUUCUUGGUGCUGGAGCCUCUGCGAUAAAUAAGGAUGGGUGCUCCUGGUGUAUUUCAAUAUCGGUUUCUUACCGUUAUCAGUCGUUUGCUCACUGACUGUAGCUCGUAGAGAUAUUGGACUUGUGGAAUCCCAAUCCCAAUUCUCAUUCACCAUGCCUGUGUCUACCGCCUCUCUCGUCACCUUGCUCGGUGCCUUCGUCACCACAACUCUCGGGCACGGAUACGUCACCGGCUAUGUAGCGGACGGUGUGCAGAAACCUGGCUUCUUGCUAGAUUACUACUAUGACAAGAAGAACGGAGGGACCGUGCCUCCGCUAGCCGCUUGGUACGCCGAAAACCUUGACAGCGGUUUCGUCGCCCCCGACGCUUACCAGACCGCCGACAUCAACUGCCACAAGAACUCCGCCCCGGGCUCGCUGACGACGACGGUGAAAGCCGGCGGCACCGUAGUGUUCCAAUGGGGCACCGCGGCAGGAGGAGCCUGGCCGCACCCUUACGGCCCCAUCAUCGACUACAUCGCUCCCUGCGACGGCGACUGCAGCAAGGCGGACAAGACGAAGCUCAAGUGGAUCAAGAUCCAGGCCAGCGGCAUCAACACCGCCACGCAGGAGUGGGCGAGCGCGAAGCUGAUCGCGAACAACAACACGUGGACGACGACGAUCCCCAAGUCUAUCGCGCCCGGCAACUACGUCCUGCGACACGAGAUCAUCGCUCUUCACGGCGGAGCGUCGCUAAACGGCGCCCAGUCCUACCCUCAGUGCUUCAACAUCCAGAUCACGGGUUCGGGCACGGCGAAGCCCAGUGGAACCCUCGGCACUGCGCUCUACAAGAACACUGACCCGGGUAUCCACUUCAACCCGUACGUCACUGUCACGGAUUACCCGAUGCCCGGUCCGGCGCUAUUCACUGGUUAGAGAAGGAUUCUUGAAGGAUUCGGAGCGGGCCAUUGUGCGGCGAAAUGUGGGUAAGGUCAGGGA